AUGAGUGUAAUCGAAAUCAUCGAAAUAAGUAGUGACCAAGAUGAUGAUGACGCUUCUACAUUAGUUGAUGUUUCGCUUGAAAAAACUGAUGAUUCGGUCAGUCAUAUAAAGAUUGUAAAAAUUGAAUCAUUGAAUGCACAAGAAAAUUUGACUGCGGAUAUUAUAGACAGUCAUGAUGAUAACGAUGUCCAGGAAAUAAUUCCUGACAGUAACAGACAAAAUUUGAGCAAUGGGAACAUAAAUCAAUUAAACUUUAAAGAUAUUGAAGAGACAAGAAAUGAUAUUUGUCAUCAAGACUCAUCUAAUGUGAUUGAAAAUUCAAUUAAAAAUGAAUUUUCAUUAUUUAAAUAUGAAGAUUUUACAGAAAUUUCAAAAAGUAGACACCAAACUGAAAUGAUUUCUAAAUCUUCAUUGAACAAAUUAAAAAAAUAUCCUCCAAUGAUUAGACUUGCCAGGAACUCUGUAUCUGAAAACAACAUAAUUUUUUCAAGCAACGCAGCAAAUAAUAUAAUUUCUCCAAGUAACACAGAAAAUAAUAUAAUUUCUUCAAGUAACACAGAAAACAACACAAUUCCUUCAAGUAACGCAGGAAAUAAUAUAAUUUCUUCAAGUAACGCAAAAAAUAAUCAUCAUUGCAAAGAAUGUAACUGCUUUUUUGCUUCAGCAAAAAAGUUUGAAUCUCAUAAACAGGAUCGUCAAAAUGGAAGAAAGCGUUACAAGUGUGAACAAUGUGAUUAUGCAAGUAAUAAUAAAUCGCAUUGAAUACGUCACAAAAGAACGCAUACUAGCAAACGUCCAUAUCAAUGAGUUUAUUGUUUGUUUACCUGUAAGGACAGAAAGACUUUGCAAUUACAUCUGUUAACUCAUAUUGAUAAAAAUUUAUCAUGUGACAUUUGUCAUGAGAAAUUCAAAAAAGCAAAUUUACUAAUAAACCACAUAAUUUAUUAUCAUUCGUUUUCUCCAUCUGUUAGGGCGCGGCAAUGUAAAGUUUGUCGGGAAUUAUUACCAGAUCGAUAUAGUUUAAAGAUUCACAUUGAAACUCAUAAAAAUGGAAGUUUAUUCAAAUGUAAUAUUUGUUGUUAUGCAACAAGAUUUUCACAAAGUAUAUGGGCACACAUAGACAAACACGUAAGCAAUAAAAUUAUUUGUGAUGAUUGCGGUAGGUCGUUUGCAAAUAAAAAUAAUUUUAAAAAACAUUGGUAUUUACGUCAUAAUUUUACCAAUUAAUUAAGAGAAUAUUAUGAAUGUACUCAUUGCUAUAAUAAUAUUACUUUUGUACGAUAUAACCAUUUUAUUCGCCACAUUAUCAAUGUUCGUGGUGUAGAAUAUUUAGUGCAUUAUAUAAUUUAGAUGCCCAAAAACCGAAAAUUAUUAUAGAUAUGAAUGGUCGAUUUCAGUUUAUAAAUAACAUCACUUUUAACUUUUUUACUUUAAAAAGUUGCAAUUUAAAAAAAAACUGAAAAAAAUUUAAUGUUGAUAAUUAAAAGUAAAAAUGACAAUAGGAAAAGUUAACAAUUA